AACGACCGGGCGAACAUGAGGAAGUCUGGAACUGAAGAGCAAUACUCAGAAAAGGAUCCUCUUCUACAGGAGAUUUCCCAGUUAGCGGAUGAUUUUGGCCAUAAAGUCAGGCUUACUGCUGCGUGGAAAGUGGCUUGUGCGUGUCAGCAGCCGUCUUCCAUCUCGGUUGUGGAGUGUAGUGCCACCUCUGACGCAAGAGAUACUGCUGCGGCAUUGCACGCCAAGGAGGCUGACCUCACAUGUGUAAAAAGAGCUGCCGAGGUGGGCAACCUGGCUUUCUUCGAAAGAAGGCCACACUAUGAGAAAUCGAUGAGAGCCAUGGAGUGCUCCAUAGAGGAACAAAAGAUUGCCCUCGCAGAGCAGCGCCUCAGUCUGGAGGUUAACCAGCUGGAGUCAAGAAGGCGGCAAUGAGAGGGGCAGCAGCGAAUGCUAGACAAAGACAGACAGCUGUGGGUUGAAGAACUUGGAAGGCUGCAGAAGCAGCAUGAAACAAAUGCAGGAGUUGAGGGCAGAAUGAGAAGCAUCCUUUGCAACCCAGAGAGCACUUCUCGAAAUCAUACACAAGCUUUUGCAGAAUAAAAAAUAAACGUCCUUUAAGCUCAGUACGGGUGCAUUUAUUUCUUCAAUAAGGAAGUUACGAGGUCAUUAUCCUUGUAACAUCAUGCCUAAAUGCUUGAAUUAUUUCGGGAGGCAUUCCUUGCAACCCAGAGGGCUAUUCUUGAUGUAGCACACAAGCUUAGUCAUGUGUUCGACGAAAACUUGUCUGGCGAGGAAACAUAUUGAUGCCAAAAAACUUGCACUCUACGUUCUUUAUUUUUAUCUUAUUCUUGGCAAGUGCUCGUUUUUUGGCACCAAUACACAAGCUUCCGCAAAAUAAAAAAUAAAUAUCCUUGAAGCUCGCCAUGGUGCAUUUAUUUCAU